AUGAAGAAGCUGUGUGCUUUCACUAUUGCCUUUUUUUCCCUGAAGUUUUGUCUCAUCUUGUGCAGUUUGACUGAACCCAAUUGCUAUUGGAGGAUAAAGAAGAGCAACGUUAUUGAUGGAGAUUUGCAAAAUGACUGUGGUUUUGUCCUUUUUACACUUGAGAGCCCCAUUGAAGAAAAUUUUUAUAAUCACAUUAUUAAUUUUAGGAUACCAGCAAGAAAAUAUGAAUUUUUUCUGGUAAUGUUUUUUGCUACUGAUGAGAUCAACAAGAAUCCUUAUCUUUUAUCCAACAUGUCUUUGAUAUUUUCCUUCAUCUUUGGCAUGUGUGAAGAUACAAUGGGAGUUCUGGAUAAAGCAUAUUUACAUCAAAACAACUAUUUCGAUCUAAUUAAUUAUAACUGUGGAAGAAAGAAACGUUGUGAUGUAAAACUUACAGGACCAUCAUGGAAAACUUCCUUAAAACUUUCAGUUAAUUCAAGGGCACCAAAGAUUUUCUUUGGACCAUUUAAUCCUAACCUGAGUGACCAUGACCAGUUUCCCCAUAUCUAUCAGAUAGCAACCAAGGACACAUAUUUGCUCCAUGGCAUGGUCUCCUUGAUGUUUCAUUUUGAAUGGACUUGGAUAGGACUGGUCAUCACAGAUGAUGACCAAGAUAUUCAGUUUCACUCAGACUUGAGAGAAGAAAUGCAAAGGCAUGCGAUCUGUUUAGCUUUUGUGAAUAUGAUCCCAGAAAGCAUUCAGUUAUACAACACAAAGUUUAAGAUAUAUGACCAACAACUUAUGACAUCUUCAUCAAAGGUUGUUAUCAUUUAUGGCAAACUGAUCUCCACUCUAGAACUCAGCUUUAGAAGAUGGGCAUAUUUAGUUGCACGGAGAAUCUGGAUCACAACCUCACAAUUGGAUGUCAUCACAUAUGAUAAAGAUUUCAGCCUUGAUUUCUUCCACGGGACUGUCAUUUUUGCCCACCACCACAAUGACAUCGCUAUAUUUAGAAAUUUUAUGCAAACAAUAAACACAUCCAAGUAUCCAGUAGAUAUUUCGCAGUCUAUGCUGCAGUGGAAUCAUUUUAACUGUUCAAUCUCAAAGAACAAGAAGAAAAUGGAUUUUUUUAUGUUGAAAAACCCAUUGGAAUGGUUAACCCAGCACACAUUUGACAUGGUCCUGAGUGAAGAAGGUUACAAUUUGUAUAAUGCUGUGUAUGCUGUGGCCCACACCUAUCAUGAACUCAUUUUUCAACAAGUAGAGUCUCAGGAAAUGGCCAAACCCAAAGGACUAUUCACUGACUGUCAGCAGGUGGCUUCUUUGCUGAAAACUAGGGUAUUUACUAACCCUGUUGGAGAGCUGGUGAACAUGAAUCAUAAGGAAAACCAGUGUGCCAAGUAUGACAUUUUCAUCAUUUGGAAUUUUCCAAAAGGCCUUGGAUUAAAAGUGAAAAUAGGAAGCUAUUUUCCUUGUUUGCCACAGAGUCAACAACUUCAUAUGUCUGAAGACUGGGAGUGGGUCACAGGAGGUGUAUUGCCUCAGGUUCCCUCCUCAGUGUGUAGUGAGACAUGUACUGCAGGAUUCAGAAAAAGUCAUGAGAAACAAACAGCCGACUGCUGCUUUGAUUGUGUCCAGUGCCAAGAAAAUGAGAUUGCCAAUGAUACAGAUAUGGAGCAGUGUGUGAGAUGUCCAGAUGAUUCAUAUGCCAAUUUAGAACAAACUGAGUGCCUCCAAAGAGCUGUGACAUUUCUCGCUUAUGAAGAUCCACUGGGGAUGGCUCUAGGCUGCAUGGCCCUGUCCUUCUCAGCCAUCACAAUUCUAGUACUAGUCACUUUUGUGAAGUACAGGGAUACUCCCAUUGUGAAAGCCAAUAACCGCAUUCUCAGCUACAUCCUGCUCAUAUCUCUAGCCUUCUGUUUUCUCUGCUCAUUGCUCUUCAUUGGACAUCCCAACCAGGCCACCUGCAUCCUGCAGCAGGCCACGUUUGCAAUAUUUUUCACUGUUGCUAUUUCUACUGUGUUGGCCAAAACAAUAACUGUGGUCACAGCUUUCAAGCUCACUACUCCAGGGAGAAGGAUAAGAAAGAUGAUGAUAAAAGGGGCAACUAACUUGCUCAUUCCCAUUUGUACCCUAAUCCAACUUGUUCUCUGUGCAAUCUGGUUGGUGACAUCUCCUCCAUUUAUUGACAGAGAUACACACUCUGAACAUGGAAAGAUAAUCGUCACUUGCAACAAAGGCUCAGUCAUUGCAUUCCACUUUGUCUUGGGAUAUUUGGGCUCCUUGGCUCUGGGGAGCUUCACUGUGGCUUUCUUGGCUAGGAACCUUCCUGACAGAUUCAAUGAGGCCAAGUUCCUAACAUUCAGCAUGUUGGUGUUCUACAGUGUUUGGAUCACCUUCCUCCCUGUCUACCACAGUACCAGGGGGAAGGUUAUGGUUAUUGUGGAGGUUUUCUCCAUCUUGGCUUCUAGUGCAGGGUUGCUAGGGUGUAUAUUUGUCCAAAAGUGUUAUGUUCUUUUAGUUCGACCAGAUUUAAAUGUUCUUCAGAAAUAA